AUUGAAACGAGCAGGAGAGGAGGAGGUGUCACUGUCAACGUCAAAAUCACAUGUGGCAUAAUUGAUGGAGUGGCGUCUUCAUAUGCUCCGCUGUCUGCAGUGCCCUCGUUUUUGACGGAGUGCUUUUUGAGGUGAACCCUGUGAACGACACAUAAUGUAAUUCAGCUGGGAGAGGAGCUGACACAGGCCGGCAAAUGGUUGAUACAAGAGGAGGUACUGCAAGUGACCUGAGGGUUUCACAUGUGACCUUGUUCCAUGGUCCUUGCAGUUGAUAAGCAGUUUUUCCGGAAGUGCCCUACGAACUGAUUAGGGAGCGUGUAGGAUCGCAAACAUGGCCAAGCGAGCCUACAAACUGCAGGAGUUUGUGGCGCACUCCUCUAAUGUCAAUUGUUUGAAGAUUGGGCGCCGGUCGUCUGGGGUUCUCGUGACUGGAGGCGAUGACAAGAAGGUCAACAUGUGGGCCAUUGGGAAGCCAGAUUCCAUCAUGAGCCUCACCGGGCACAGCAGCCCAAUCGAGUGCGUCACCUUCGACCUGGCUGAGGAGAUCGUAGUGGCCGGCGCAGCUGGCGGCACUCUCAAGAUCUGGGAUCUUGAGCUCCAGAAAGUCGUGCGAACUCUGACGGGCCACCGCGCGAACUGCAUCUCUGUGGAUUUCCAUCCAUACGGGGAGUACUUUGCGUCGGGUUCACUGGACACUAACCUGAAGAUCUGGGACAUCCGGAGGCGCGGGUGUGUUCACACCUACAAGGGCCACACGGGGGGCGUGCGGUGUGUGAAGUUCAGCCCGGACGGAAGGUGGCUCGUGUCGGGCGGACAGGACAACUCAGUCAAGCUGUGGGAUCUAACGGCGGGCAAAAUGAUGCACGACUUUACGCUCCAUGACGGGCCAAUCCACGACCUCACGUUUCAUCCCCACGAGUUCGUCCUGGCCACUGGCUCCCAGGACCGCACCACCAAACUGUGGGACCUUGAGACGUACGAGCUCAUUGGCUCAGCUGGGCCGGAAACAACCGGUGUGCGAAACGUGUUUUUCACGCCAGACGGGAGAACGGUCCUCAGCGCCGUUCAGGACAAUCUCAAGGUGUGGGGCUGGGAGCCUGUGGUGUGCCAUGACACAGUCGACACCAACUGGGGCCGCAUAUCCGAUAUGGCGCUGCACGAGGGCAAAGUCAUAGGCUGCUCCAUCCAGCAGAGCACCGUCGGCGUCUGGAUCGUCGACCUUUCCCGCGUCGCGCCCUUCUCCGCCGGAGCACAGAGCAAAGCGGCCCCAAAACCGAUCAGCCGGCCCGCAACCGAGAUCCGCCCCGUCAGCAACGGCAGCGAUAACGGGAGCCAAGUGGCAAGCCGCGAGUCGAGCCAACAGUCUAGCCGGGCCACGACGCCCGCGAAACCAAUCAGCCGCGCCCGAACCCCUCCAGACAGCGCUGAGCAAGUGUUCAGCAGCCCGUCCGUGCACGCCGGCAGCGCAUCGUCGCCCCCGCCAGCCAAAGCCGCCGACUUCUACGCUCCCCGGGCGUCCCCUGCGGCAGCAAGCGGAGCGCGGCAGGCAGGGUCUGUCAUUGCCACACCUCCAAGGGGAUCCCCCCGGCCUGGAGCUGAUGUUUCUACAGCGCCUCUGCCGUCAGAUAGGAGUGAAAAGCGAGAGUUGCAGAGGACACCCCCGCGAAGAAGAGAAGAGGCGACCCCGAGAGGAGAGAAGGGUAACGGCGGCAGCAGCUCGCUGCCAAGAGGCGAGGACCGAGACCCCAUGGGCGAGGCGGCCGCUUCAGGAAGCGGACGAACAGAAGAAGGGACGGAAGGUGGAGUAAAUGUCAAGCACAACAACGGGAGUGUGACUGACCGCAGUGCUCCCAAGGAUUACGAGCGGCCCUCCCAACCUAACAGCUCCGCCGACGACACCGGACAGAAAGCUGGGAUCGGCCGGCGCGUCAGCCGGGCCGAGAAGAAAGAGAUCGAGUUCGAGAUCCUCGCGCCUGCGGGACCAAACCCGCACCGUACGUCGGAGGCUGACGCUGCGGGGGUGCCCACGUCAGCAGAGCCAGUGAGGGCCGGGGGCAAGCGCCGGUCCGGGCUGUUCAAGCCGGAGGACCACGACAUUUUCGGACCAACUCGGACUGCGGACGGGGCGGGCUUGAGCGGACGGGAUUCGGACGCUGUAGUACGGUCCGAGAACGGGAGGGAGGCGGAAGGGGCGGUACCGAGCGGACGGGGGAAGUCGCCGAGAGGCGAGAAGGAGACUAAGAGCGUUGCCAUUGCGGCCCCGGGGGACUCGCUGAUGAGAGGGGCGGCGUUGCCGGGAGCGGCGUUGAGCACUCCGGGACCGUCAGGUCGAGAGCCACCGUUCUCGCAUCACACCCCGGCCUCCAACGGUGGUUCCCGGGCGCGAGUUGACGCUCUGUCAGCCUUGUCAGCGUUAGCACGGUCACCUUCGGUUACUGGCGACCGGUCACGGAAAGAAGGGCCGUUGGGAUUAGACAUCAAAGCAUUCCUCCCGAAGAGCGCCUCCAAGCUGGCCCCCGACGGGGACGCCGCGAGCGUCUCCGACGCCGAACUGAUCGAGUCACUCAUGGGGCAACACGCCACAAUGAGCACUAUCAUGCAAUCCCGGCUCACCAAUUUGGCGGUGGUCCGCACUUUCUGGGCGCGUAACGAUCUCAAGGGGGCGAUCGAGGCGAUGGACAAAAUGGCGGACCAUGCGUUGUUAGUGGACGUCCUCGGGACCAUGGCGCACCGGUCGGACGUAUUCUCACUGGAGCUGGCCGCGCAGGCGAUGCCGCUGCUGGGGGAGCUGCUCACCAGCCAGCACGACAGAUACGUCCUGGUCGCCAUUGCUGUUGCCGCGAGCCUGUUGAAAAGCUUCGGCUCGCUGAUCAAGGAAGCCAGGCAGGCGUCCCCGGCGGUGGGUGUGGACCUCAGUGCAGAGGAAAGAUUAGAGCGAUGCAAUGCGUGUUACCGUGGGUUCCUCGUCUUGAGAGGGAAGCUAGAGGGCCUAGCAAGGACUAGUGGGGAGGUCGGCAAGAUGUCAAGGGAGCUCAUUUUCGAGCUCGAAGAACUACAAUGAUGGCUUGUCGUGAUUGACCGUCACUUAAGCAGUAGGGUCAUUGAAUGGGGCCUUCAACUUCAGGAUUCCGCGUACCUCGACUUCCAAGGCCGUCGCCGUGAUUAGUGCCUACAUCUGGCUUAUGUCAGAUCCUCUCGAUUACAAUCGCAGUAAAGGCU